AUGCUUCGACAAGCAUCUUUAAUAGUGACUCAAUGGGAACUUAAGCUUCGUCCGACGGCGCGGCCUACGAAGCCGGUGCGGUGGACCAAGUCAACACCCUGUCUGCAUAUCUCAGCGGCCGACGCAGGCGAGACUCAGGAUGUCCAGAAGUCCCCCGAUCUUGUCCCGCCUGCACGUCGCGAGGCUCAGGGCGAGGACCAGGAAGACCUUGAUGAGGCUUUCGACAUCCAUGAAUUCGAUCACCCGAACACGUACGAACACCAAGGGACCCGCUCGAAUUUUGUUGGUGGAAGAGCUCCGCGCGGCGCGUAUCAAGGCCAGCGAUGA